AUGGUUAAUUUUACGAUAGAUCAGAUUCGUGCACUCAUGGACCGCCCGGAGAAUAUCCGUAAUAUGUCAGUAAUUGCUCAUGUAGAUCACGGAAAAUCUACGUUAACAGAUUCUUUGGUCCAAAAAGCAGGUAUUAUUUCAGCAGCGAGUGCAGGAAAUGCAAGGUUUACAGAUACACGGCCAGAUGAACAGGAACGGGGUGUAACUAUCAAGUCUACUGCAAUAUCGCUAUAUGCUGAGCUUGAUAAAGAAAGUGUAAAAGACAUACCUCAUAAGACUGAAUCGAAUGAGUUCUUGAUUAAUUUAAUUGAUUCUCCUGGACACGUUGAUUUUUCAUCUGAAGUAACAGCAGCACUUCGUGUAACAGAUGGUGCAUUAGUUGUUGUUGACUGUGUAGAGGGUGUUUGUGUGCAGACAGAAACAGUGCUUCGUCAAGCUUUGGCUGAACGCAUUAAACCUGUUGUUAUUAUAAAUAAAGUUGAUAGAGCAUUACUUGAGUUACAAAUAUCAAAAGAAGAUUUAUAUCAAUCUUUUUCACGAACAAUUGAAUCAGUAAAUGUAAUUAUAUCUACAUAUUUAGAUAAAGCUAUCGGAGACGUUCAAGUAUAUCCAGAUAAAGGCACUGUUGCUUUUGGUUCGGGUUUGCAUGGAUGGGCAUUUACUAUUAGACAGUUUGCUGUUAGGUAUUCCAAAAAGUUUGGAGUAGAUAAACAAAAGAUGAUGGAAAGGUUAUGGGGAGAUAAUUAUUUUAAUCCUAAAACGAAGAAAUGGACAAAGAAUUCUACUGAUUCAGAUGGAAAGCCUCUUGAGAGAGCAUUUAAUCAAUUUGUAUUAGAUCCUAUAUUCAAAAUUUUUUCCGCUGUAAUGAAUUUUAAAAAAGAUGAAAUUAUGACUUUGCUCCAAAAACUAUCUAUCACUCUUACAUCUGAAGAACGUGAAUUGGAAGGAAAAGCACUUUUAAAAGUAGUUAUGCGUAAAUUUUUACCAGCAGCAGAUGCACUUUUAGAAAUGAUGGUUAUUCAUUUGCCUUCUCCUGAAGUAGCUCAGAAAUAUCGUUGUGAAACUUUGUAUGAAGGGCCUCAAGAUGAUGAGUGUGCAGUUGGUAUCAAAGCAUGCGAUCCUAAAGGGCCUCUUAUGGUUUAUGUUUCUAAAAUGGUUCCUACUUCUGACAAAGGUCGAUUUUAUGCAUUUGGGCGUGUCUUUUCUGGAACAGUGCGUCCUGGUCUCAAACUUCGUAUUCAAGGUCCAAAUUAUGUUCCUGGAAAAAAAGAUGAUUUGUUUAUUAAAAACGUUCAAAGAACUGUUUUGAUGAUGGGGCGUUAUGUUGAAGCUAUUGAAGAUUGUCCAGCUGGAAACAUUGUUGGUCUUGUAGGAGUAGAUCAAUUUUUGUUAAAAAGUGGCACUUUGACUACUUCCGAAAUAGCUUAUAAUAUGAAAGUUAUGAAGUUUUCUGUUUCUCCUGUUGUGAAGGUGGCUGUUGAUGUUAAGAAUGCAAAUGACUUACCUAAGCUUGUUGAGGGUCUUAAACGGUUAUCUAAAUCAGAUCCGUGUGUUCUUUGUUAUACAUCGGAAUCAGGUGAACAUAUAGUUGCCGGCGCAGGCGAAUUGCAUCUUGAGAUUUGCCUAAAGGAUUUGGAAGAAGAUCAUGCAUGUAUUCCAUUAAAAAAGUCUCCUCCUGUUGUUUCUUAUCGAGAGACUGUUACUUCAACAUCAACUAUGACUGCCUUAUCUAAAUCUCCUAAUAAGCAUAACCGUAUAUUUAUGACAGCGGAGCCUAUGGAUGAGGAACUUUCAUUAGCUAUUGAAUCAGGGAAGAUUUCUUCACGAGAUGACUUUAAAGUUCGUGCAAGGAUGAUAACAGAUGAGUUUGGUUGGGAUAUCGCUGAUGCACGGAAAAUAUGGUGUUUUGGUCCUGAUACAGUUGGUCCGAAUGUUAUUGUUGAUCAAACUAAAGCUAUUGCUUAUUUGAAUGAAAUUAAAGACUCUGUUGUGGGGGCAUUUCAAUGGGCAUCAAAAGAAGGACCAAUAGCAGAAGAAAAUAUGCGAUCGUGCCGAUUUAAUAUUUUAGAUGUAACUUUGCAUGCAGAUGCAAUUCAUCGUGGUGGAGGUCAAAUUAUUCCUACUGCAAGACGAGUAGUUUAUGCGUCUAUGUUACUUGCUAAUCCAUGUUUACAAGAGCCUAUUUUUUUAACAGAAAUUCAAUGUCCUGAACAAGCAAUGGGUGGUAUUUAUGGAGUUUUAAAUAGACGGCGUGGUCAUGUUUUUUCUGAAGAGCAAAGACCAGGAACACCUCUUUUUAAUAUUAAAGCUUAUUUGCCUGUACUUGAAUCUUUUGGUUUUACUGCUGAAUUACGUCAAGCUACUGGGGGACAAGCAUUUCCUCAAACUGUAUUUGAUCACUGGGAUACUAUGAGUGGCUCUCCUUUUGAUGUAACAUCGAAAGUUGGUACUGUUGUUACAGAGAUAAGGAAGCGUAAAGGUUUAAAGGAAACUGUACCUUCUUAUGAAGAGUUUUAUGAUAAACUUUAA